CAAGCAGAAUGUAAACACGGGACCACAGGACUGGUUAUCAGGUACUGUGGCUACCUGGUCCGCAGUGGAAGCCGGAGGGAGUGGAGGAAAACGAGGCGAGUAGGUGUUGUGGUCAGGGGAGAAAGGAGCUCCAGAAGUCAGAGUUUGAGACUCGACGGGGUCUGGCAGAGUCGGGACACUAAGAAUGGCUUCAUUUGGGUGGAAGAGGAAAAUUGGUGAGAAGGUCUCAAAAGUCACUUCCCAACAAUUUGAAGCUGAAGCUGCUGAUGAGAAGGAUGUAGUUGAGAAUGAUGAAGGGAACUGGCUUCAUGCCAUUAAACGUAGGAAAGAAAUUCUCCUUGAAGGCUAUGCCGAGAAAAGUAAGCAGUUGAAGGAUGAAGGAGCCAGUUUGGCUGAAAAUAAAAGAUAUCGAGAGGCAAUUCAGAAAUGGGAUGAAGCACUGCAGUUAACUCCAAAUGAUGCUACCCUGUAUGAGAUGAAAUCACAGGUCUUAAUGUCUCUUCAUGAAAUGUUCCCAGCAGUACAUGCUGCAGAAAUGGCUGUCCAGCGAAAUCCACAUUCAUGGGAGUCUUGGCAAACUUUGGGACGUGCUCAACUUGGAUUAGGAGAGAUAAUCCUGGCAAUUCGAAGUUUUCAAGUAGCCCUUCACAUCUAUCCAAUGAACCCUGAAAUAUGGAAAGAAGACCUUUCUUGGGCAAGAACGCUCCAGGAGCAGCAAAAGGUAGCACAGAGGAUUAAAAGAAGUGAAACACCAGCUGAAGUAACACAUUUUUCACCAAAGUCAAUUCCUGACUAUGACUUUGAAAGUGAUGAGAUUGUUGCUGUUUGUGCGGCUAUUGCUGAAAAACAGAAGACAGUGUCAGCAAAUAAAACAAUGGUUAUUGUGUCGGCUUCUGGAACUGUAGAGACUGUAACAGAGAAGGAAGAUGGUGCUACACCACCAGAUGGCUCUGUUUUUAUCAAAGCCCGAUGAAGCAGUAUUCAUAGAGGAAUUAUUUGAAUCUAUCCUUUUGAUUGCUAUGUUUAGACAUAGGGGCAUUUACUCUGGAGAUAGAGGGCAAAACUGUUUAUAAAAUAAGUUUUUCAGGUGAGGCAUAUGAAAGCUAAAUAGUAGAAUUAUUGUAUAGUGUUUGGAUUAUACUUUGAUAAGUUAUGAUUUAUACUACUUAAGAUUAGUAUUCUGAAUAAAAUGGUUUUUUUGAUUAAUAAACUUAAUCUGAAUAUAUAAAUGAAUACAUUUUGAAGACACAACUUGAAAAAUGUAUUCUCGAGUCGUAAAUACAGGAAUGGCCAGUGGCAUUAAAGUAUUGAUUAGUUGACUUCUGUUUUAUGAUAAAGGAUGUGUGUGAUUUCUUUUCCUCCUAGAAAUAUACUGCUGUUACUAUUCACUCUUACAUUUAUUUUUUGCUUCUUAAGAGUAAAUCUGUCACAAAGCUUGAGUAUUUUUCACAUUCAUUUAGAUUCAAACUUGUCAGUUUGUUAUGUGUGGAACCUUUGAAAGUUUGGCUGAAAAUGCAUGCAAAUGUGUACAUUCUGAACAUUUUCUGAAGUUUCUCUUAAUUCUGAUUUGUGCGUCUGUUUGUUAUAGCAGUUGUACUUGUCUCCUUCAGUAUUUGUUAGAUGUGUGAAGUACUGAUACAAGUUAGAAUGAUGGUUUUAUUUUUUAAUUGUUACAAUACUGAGAGUAGUCCUUACCACAAGUGAGUCAUUUUUAAAAUGUGCUUUUUUUAAAAUGAACGACUUUUACAAUUUCAUCAUGACAAGUUGUACUGCUUUAUUA